AUGGCUGCAACUGGAGGUUUUAUUACCAAUAAAUUACCAUUACCUAUUGAUAUCUACCUGACAUUUGCUCUCGGCUUCAUAACGCUCAUUCUAUCGGGAGCUGUGUGUGUGCCAAAAAUAUCAAGGUCUUAUGGAUUUCAACAUGGACUGCUAAUUAUCAAUGGUCUUCUUUCGCUAUUCUGGCUUGCUGACUCAAUCUUGAUUGUAUUGAGAGCAGAUAAUGGUUCAAUGAUUGACAAAUAUUUCAUUGAUACUCAGAUUUUCAACAACACCUUUUACGAUCACAAAUACGAUACAGACCCCAGUUAUGAGAAGAAGCUUCAAGAGAUUACUGUUUUGGGAACUAUAGUAAUGGUCAUGUCUUGGCUUCAAUUCUUUUUACUGGCUUUGACGAUUGUCGUAAAAUUCACCGAGAAACAACAGGAUGAUGAUCAUCCAAGCUCAUAUGACAAAGAUGCACCCGAAUUAGAUAUGGAAGCGACGGAUAAUUUGACACUUGUGCUGGACACUAUGAACGAGAAGAAGCAACAAAAAAUAUCUAAAAAUAAAAUUGGAAUUAAAAAACAGUCUUCAGAAGAAGAAUAUGCAAUGGCUAAAUAUAACUUCCGCAAUCAGGAAGACACGGAUUUCAAAUUUAAGAUCGGUGAUAGAAUCCGUGUAGUUAAACGAACCAGAAAAGAAAGUGAUUGGUGGACAGGGGAAUUCGAUGGUAAAGUUGGACAGUUCCCCGGAAAUUACGUUCGACUUUUAUAA